AUGUGGACCCGCCAACUCGCCAUCGUGUCCAAGACGGCACGCAGCACCAGCACGACGUGGUGGAAGCGCGCGUCUUCGUCCCUGGAAGCCCGUCAGGACGAAACUCAGCAACCCACGAACUUCCAGCUGGUCAUCGUGGGCACAGGCUGGGCUGGCUAUCAAAUGUUCACCCAGUGCCGCAAGCACCUCGUGGACAUUGAGGAGACCGUGGGUCGCCCCGUGGACCUCGUCGUCGUCUCCAAACGUAACCACUUCCUAUAUACCCCGCUUUUGGCCAGCACAACAGUGGGCACUUUAGAGUUCCGCUCCAUCAUUGAGCCGCUGCGUGACAGUAUGUUUAGCCACGAGCACGACUUCCAUUUUGCCGACGUGCAGAACGUAAACCCGGAGAAGAAACUCCUGAAUGUCGAGUCAGCUAUCAGCGCUGAGACUCGUAACCGCAAGUACGAUAUCCACUACGACGCGCUGGUGUUGGCCUGUGGUUCUCGUCCGCUGACCUUCGGACUCCCUGGAGUGGAGGAACACGCCUUCUUCUUGAAGGAGAUUCAACAUGCACAGAGGAUCCGUAACCGCAUUCUCGAAAACUUCGAAGCAGCCACGCAACCGGGUAUGACGCCAGAGGAGAAACAGCGUCUGCUACAUUUCGUUGUAGUAGGUGGCGGCCCCACGGGCAUUGAAUUCUGUGCCGAAUUGUACGAUCUUGUGCUCCAGGAUCUGGUACACAAGUACCCACAGACAUCUAAGCACUUGGGUGUGACGCUAGUGGACUCUGGCGAGAUCCUCAAUGGCUUUGACACGCAUCUGCGUGCUGUGGCACUGCGUAAGAUCCAGAAACGCAACACGAUGAAGAUCGUGAAGAAAAACUGCAUUGAAGUCACAGCGGAGGGUGUCACGGUUGAAGGUGGCGAGAAGAUCCCCGCUGGACUCGUCGUGUGGACUGCUGGAGUGGGUCCGAAUGAGCUUACCAAGUCGUUGACGGUGUUCGAGAAGAGCAAACGUGGCAACAUCCUAACCAAUCAGUACUGCCAGGUACUGGGUGCUGCGGAGGUCGAAGAGAAGGCUCCGUGGGGGAUGCCUCGCCGCUCGAACGUCUUCUCUAUCGGUGACUGUGCAGAGAUCCUGGACUACCCGUUGCCUGCUACUGCUCAGAAGGCGCAGAGUCAAGCGAACUACCUUACUUCGUUAUUCCGCGGCAAGAAUCUGGCGCCGGCCAAGCCGUACGCGUUCCAGAGCAAGGGCAUGAUGGCGUAUCUUGGGUCGUACGAGGGUCUAUUUGAGGCCCACCCUCGUGACGACGACACGAUCACGCUUAGUGGCUGGAAGGCCUGGUUCCUCUGGCGUAGUGCGUAUCUGACCAAGCUGGGAAGCUGGCGACUACGUUUGCAGGUGCCUCUUGACUGGCUCAAGGCUAUUCUCGUCGGUCGUGACGUGUCCAAGUUUUAA